AUGUCUAAGAAUGGGAAUGAUGGACUGUGGGGUGGGUUGACUUGGACUCCGGGACUUGCCGGUGAGAGAUCCGAGCCAGAGCAUUGGGAUACGCCUCAGGCUGAAGAGUCCACUCCAUUCCAGGAUAUGGGCUCAGCUGAAGAAUCUUUCGGGGUGCGGAAUUCUCUCCCCCGUCCUACAAUUGAAUGGUUGGAGAAGUAA